GAUGUGCCGAUGGUGAACCUCCCUGAAGGCCAGCGCUUGUGCUAUGUCGGGAUGAUUAAUGGACAGGAGUUGUACGAGGUCCCUCCUCCCUACUUCCAGGUUCCCGUCCCUGCUGCUCCUUCACUGAGCUACAACUCAAAAAAGAGAUGGCAUAACAAACAGCAGGACAACAACCGCCCGUACAUCCGGAAGCCCCUGAAUGCCUUCAUGCUGUACAUGAAGGAGCACCGAGACCACGUGAAGGCGGAGGUUGUCUCCGAGAGGCGAGGCACAGCGGCUGUGAAUGAAAUCCUGGGCCAGAGGUGGAAGGCAAUGACUGAGGAGGACAAGGAAAAGUACUUCAGUCAGUCACAAGAGGAGAAACGGCUCCACGCCCAGCAGAAUCCUCACUGGUCCUAUAGUGAGAAUUAUGGCCGAAAGAUCAGGAAGAGAAGACAUGCUCGCUCCAGUGAUAAAGCGUCUGCACCUGCAAAGAAGCAGUGUGUGACAGCACUUUCCUGCUCAGAGACCAUGUCUCUCAUCACCAUGGAGGAGCUGAUCUAA